AUGGAGUCCGUAAAGCAGACUCUGAAGGAGGAGAAACAAGCCUUGUCCACAGAACUGCAGUCCGUAAAAACGACUCUGAGGACUGUGGAGAAGCGGGCUGAAGAUGACGGGCAACGGAAGGACUCCCUCCUGAACGAUGCUGGCUUUUAUAUUGAUGAGCUGAACACCAAAAUGCAGGACCAGGAGAUGCACCUGAGGAAAGAAAUGGAAGAGCGGACCAACUGA